GGAACCCGCACAUGCCCGGAACCUCAUGCCGCGAGUUGCCCACCAGCACAGCGGUCUCAGGAUAGGGUAAUAGUUGCACAGGAUGCCUCGAAUAGACAUCUGGGAUGUGGAGGCCGCGAAAAAGCAGAAGGCCGUGGACUGUGGUUUCCCCCGCGACCUGGAGAAGCACUUUCAGUAUGGCAGGGUGCUGGGCAAGGGCGGCUUCGGGCUGGUCAGGGUGGUGGUGGAGAGGAGCAGCGGCAUCGAGUUUGCCUGCAAGUCAGUCUCCAAGACUCUCGACAUCCCAAACCUGUCGGCCCAGAAGCAGGCGCAGCACCUGGACAACACCAAGCGGGAAAUCAAGAUCCUGACCCGCCUGCGCGGCACGCUGAGCGUGGUGCACUUCAAGGGGGCGUAUGAGGACGACCACAGCAUUCACAUGGUGAUGGAGCUGUGCAGGGGUGGAGAGCUGGUGCAUGAGAUCGGGCGGCGGCCCUACACCGAGAAGACGGUUGCUGGGUACAUGCGCAGCGUGCUGCACACGCUGGCCCAGUGCCACAGCCACCGCAUCCUGCACAGGGACAUCAAGCCGGGCAACUUCAUGCUGCUGACGGAGGAGGAGGACUCGCCCCUCAAGGCAAUCGACUUUGGCCUGGCCGUCUUCUUCGACCCUGGCCAGCUGCCGCGCACAGACCUGGGCCUGGAGGGCACGCCAUGCCUGGAGAUCACGGGAGCCAUGGGCGGCAUCGCCUUCCAGGGCAGCGCCUCUUUCAACAUGGUGUCUGAAACUUCCACCACCUCCCAGACCGUUACCACCAACUCGGGCGCCUCGGUGCACUUGGGAGGCUACGCGCUGCGCGGAGGCCCCGCCGCCCUGGCGCUGGAGCCUGGCUUUGUGCUGAACGUGGCGCCGCUGAUGGAGGCCGCCGUGACAUCGACGUAUGAUGCGGUGAGCUACAUGGCAGCUGCCACGCAGGUGCAGGCCCCCAGCGAUGGCAGCGACUCCACCCCGCGGGCGGGCAGCCAGGGGCAGGGCGGCGACACGCAGUUCCCCAUGAGCCCCGACAGCCAGGGCAGCGGCGCGGGCGGCUUUGCAUUCAUGGCGCCCCUGGCUGCCCUGGUCGGGCAGACAUGCACCAAGCAGGUGGGCUCCCCAGGGGCCCUGCCCUCGUCAGGCUUGGGGGCACGCAGCGCGUCUGUCAACAUCUCCGAGCUCGCCCGCCAGCGCCACCGCAACAGCUCGGACAGCAACCAAGGCGCCUCCAGCAGCGAGGGGGCGGAGGCCUUUAGGAGCCUGCUGACACGCAUGGCCUCGCAAGGCCGGGCAGCCGGCAGCGUGCACGGCGGCCGCUGCUUUGCGCGGUCGCCCUCCACGCAGCAGCUGGCGCUCCUGGCGCGUGGCAGCGAGCGGCAGCGCGGCUCUGCCUCGGUGCACGGUCCUGGAGAGUACUGGAGGGUGCUGCGCCAGGCCUCCGAGCUGGCGGCCAUGGAGUCGGGGCACGGCAAGGCGGACUACCUGCGUGUCGCGUCGCGCAGCGAGGAGGAGCGCAGCGCGGCGCGCAAGGCGGCACGCCUGUCGCUGGACACCUCUGCCCACGGCGGCGACGAGUACGCGCGCCUGCUGCGCCAGCUGGAGACAAUCGAUUACAAGCACAAGCUAUCCUCCUCCUCCUUCCGCCCAACCAAGUCUGUGGGCAGCCUGCCGCUGGUCGGGGAGCGGCAGGCGGGGGCCGCCGCCACGUCGGCGCCGCCGCGGGCCCCGCUGCUGCCGCCGCCACAGCAGCAGCUGCAGCAGCAGGGCAGCGGGGCAGCGGGCUGGCCCCAGAUGUCUCCAGACUCUGCCGCCGCGGCAGCAGCAGCAGCAGCCGACGGCGCGGCAGCCUCGCCGCCGGCGACGGGCGACUCUGCCGCAGCUGGCAUGGCCGGCGGCUCGCCGGUGGCAGAGGAGCGAGGGCGGGGCCGCGGGGCGGCAAAGGCUUUGCUGGAGCGCCUGUCUGGGGAGCCGGGGCGCGCGGCGGGGGGGCUGCCGCCAGUCGACGAGCGGUCAGCAGGGUCGGAGAUGCUAGCGGGCAUGACGUCGGCAGGCCUCUUUGCCAGCUCGCCGCCGCCGCCCCGCUCCUCCAAGCACGUCAGCUUUGCGGUGGGCGCCGCGCCCGGCCCGCCGCCCCAGCCCCCGCCCAUGCCAAUGUCUGUAGACUUGCGCCCGCAGCAGCAGCAGCAGCAGCAGCAGCAGCAGCAGCAGCAGCAGCAGACGCUCGCCAGCUUCGCGGCGGCGGCGGCGGCGGAGGCUGCGCCAGGCGGCGGCGGCGGCGGCGGCGGCGCCACGGGGCCCCAGGGCGCCGUCACCGACCCCAAAGACCUGGAGCAGCUGAUGCGCAGGAUGCACUUCCGCAGCAACAAGGGGCUGGGGCCUGGCGAGAUGAGCGAGGGCCUGCGGCUGCUGGGGUAUGACCUGGAGCCAUCGGAGGUGGCCAUCCUCAUGCAGCAGCUGGACCUGAAUGCAGACGGCCAGGUCAUGGCGCCAGAAUUUGUGGCCAGCCAGAUGGACUGGGCGGCGCUGCAGGAGAGCAACAGGGAGCUGUGGCUGGAGUGCGCGCGCCGCGCGUUUGCGGGGCUGAAUGCCGACUCGGACGGCCGGCUGUCGGUGGAGGCGCUGAUCGGCAGCCUGCGGGCCAAGCUGCCCGCCGCAGAGGUGGACUAUGCUGUGGAGGAUGCGCUGGUGGAGGCGGGGUAUGCGGAUGCGGAUGAGGUGGACUUUGAGGGGUUCCUGCGCAUGGUGCGGGUGGGAUCCUACGACUCCUUGGAUGCGCUGGACCAGUACGACUCGCGGUAUGGUGGCAGCAUGCACAGCAGGCGCAGCAUGGAGCUGGACGGCAGCCAGCACCUGGGCCACCUGGACCCGGUGCCAGAGGAGCGUGCUGCGGCUGCCAACCUGCCCGAGGCCUUUGGCAGCGGCUUCUGA